AUGACUUUGGAACUGAUCACAUUUAGUCUUGGAUACCCUCUUGCAUUCCUCCAACGCUGUGACCUUUUGAAAGUCCUCGCUGGAUCUCCUCUCGACCAAAACAAAAUCCACUGUUCAAAGCGUGUGGUCGGAGCUAAUAGUUCUGAGUCUGGUAUCACGGUACAAUGUCAAGACGGUUCAGAAUUCAUGGGAGACGUACUAGUCGGUGCAGAUGGAAUUCAUAGUGCAGUGAGAGGGAUUAUGCAGGCACAUAUCGAGCGUUUCGCCCCGGGUGCCACUGAGAAGGAUAUGAACAGUAUCUCAGCAGAGGACAACUGUCUCUUCGGCAUUGCAAUGCGCUGAAUACCGAAUUAAAAGCGGGAAUCCAACAUAGAUCUUACGCCAAGGAUUUCUCAACCGUCUCGUUUGUUACAGAAGGCGGGAAGCUGUUUUGGUUCUUGUUCUCAAAAUUGGAUAAGAAAUACUACGGUAAAGACAUACCAAGAUAUAAACCAGAAGAUGCCGAGCAAGCCUCAGAAGCAUUCUUCAACAUCAAUAUGACCGAUACCAUAAAAUAUGAGGAGGGGUCUGGAAGCAACGUACAAUGUUUCAUAUGUCAUGUAUUAAGGAAUCUCAACAUGAAUAUUGGACCUCGGGUAGAAUUGUCUGCUUAGGAGACGCCAUUCACAAGGUCCGUAUAGUCGUAUUUUUAUCUUCUAGUCUUGGGAUAAGCUAACGGGCUGCAGAUGACACCCAAUUUAGGAGCCGGAGGCAACGCAGCCAUUGAAAGCGCAGCCGCACUGGCAAAUAGUCUUUGCAAAAUCACGGAUCCAUACUCUUUAUUCUAGGUUAGCAAUGUUUUGAAGGACUUCCACGGUAAGCGCGUCAAGAGAGCUAACGCUGUGAGCGAUGCCACCAAUGAUUUCACACGUAUUGAACUUGGGCAACACUUCGCGAUAAAUUCAUAGGCAUCUACGCAACCCCAAACCUUGGAGAUCUUACCACAGGUGAGCAAUGUAAUCUCAUGGUUGGCGCCGAGCGCGUGGAUUUUCUUCCCAUGCCUGAGAAGUCUUUGACCGCAACAAUGCCAUGGAGCCAGAAGGUUGGAGUAGGAAAGCAGGAAAAUAAAUGCCUCAGAGCAUUUUAUGCCCUACCGGUUCUUCUUCUGGCUCAUUUUGCAGCCACGAAUAAUGAUACCAUGCUGGAUCUCAAAGUUUCUGGAUAUGGCUGGUUAUAUAAAAUUCUAUCAACCUUGGUAUCUGGCUUCAUACCUGUUCUAUCAGGGUUUGAAGCAGUCGAACGAGUUCAAACCAUCGGCUUAUUGGGAGAUUUGAUCCCCAUUCAGGCAAUAUUCAUGAUUGAAGCAGCCCGACGGGGUAACUUUAUUACUAUUGCACAUCUUUUGUAAGUCUUUCUCUGCAUGAAACGCAACCAUCUCACCAUUCCUAACUAAUAACAGGCCAUUGUUCUUCGCAAUUCUCUACCAGGUUUUUGGGCCCAGUGCCUUCUACCAAUUUACUACACCCUCCAUUAUAUCCAGACUCCCCUUGAGAACUAUCACGCCGCCGACAAUCGCAUGACUCAAAUUGGUAAAGUCAAAAUUAUCAUCCCAACAAUUCUCCUCUCGUAUAUCCUCCCGUCUAUCGCCAUGUUCACUGUUCCCGGUCUCUCAACUCGCUUAUGGAUCAACGGCGUCUUUCGGCAACCUUUCCCAAUUUACGCUCGAGUCAUCCAGCUGAUCCUAGGAAGAUUCGUCAGAGACACAACAGAAAUUGACCGUAUCCAAAAUCCUGAAGCUGAUAUGCGCUACCUUCGCCGUAUUUAUGCAUUUGCCGCGGUAGUAGCCGCAAUUAAAGGCCUAUACACACGCUUCAACUUGCCAGGAUAUCUUCCUAGUGCUACCUCUUGUGCGGGGCUUUAUUGGAUCUUGAUUCAUUUUAUGGAUCUAAAGGUUGCAGGCAAACUCAAUGCGCGGUAG